AUGUCUCAGCAAUCGAGUGAUGAAUCUCCCGUUUCAGACUCGGCAACACCGGAAGAGUCCUCUAACCCUAAUAGAGUUCUUAAGGUUGUCCAUUUAAGGACGAUUAGCAGUGACGAAGUAAAGGCCACAAAGCCUAAAAUGACUCAUGCAAAAUGGCCCAAGGAGGGAGAAUCAUCAAGUGCCUGGAAUAUCUAUUCCUCUUCAAACCAUAUGGAUGAUCCCCUCAAUAACACCAGUAAGGCUGAGGCUGUUAACACCGUUGAUAGUAACCUAGAAAUCUACAAGGAUGAACAAGGGUUUACUAAGAAUACCAAUGUCACCGAAGAUGUCAAUGACAUUGACAAUAAUGAGCACCCUAAGGCCAAUACUGAAACUGAUACUAAUGUGGUUGACUUAGAUGAGUACUUUGACGACGAAUUACUUACCUCCUUGAAUCCUAGUGUAGCCAACAGGCUAAUGACAAGAAGAAAAGGCAAAGCUGUUGUCCAAGGAUCUCCUAAAAGGAGCACUCAAGUGAACAACCCUGCCAAAGACACUGUCAGGAAGAAGAGUACUUCUGUAGGAUCUGUCAAGAGCAAAGCUGUAACCAAGAGUAAAGGGGUUGGUCCAUCAAAAUCUUGGAGCAGGGUCAUUCCAAAGAAAAGAAAAGAGCGGGAAAUCGUUGAACCUGAAUCUGAUGUUGAAGUGAAUGUCCCUGACAUUCCAUCGAGGAAGAAGCCUACAACCAGUAAGCUUGUUCCUGUAUUCCUGAAAUGGAAGUAUGUUCUCCAAAAGAGAUUGGUUGUUGAAAGGGAAUUGGCUCCAAAUGCUCUUGAAAACAAGGAGGUCUUAGAGUUGAUUCAAGAAGCUGGACUGCUAAAAACUGUGUGCAAUCUUCCCAAAUGUUAUGAGAAACUAGUAAAAGAAUUUGUGGUAAACCUAUCUGAAGAUUGUGGCAACGGCAGGAGUGCAUACUACAAAAAGGUGUUUGUAAGAGGUAAGUGUGUAUCGUUCUCUCCUUUUGUGAUUAAUAAAUUCUUGGAAAGAACAGAUGAAGCUCAAACCGAGCUGGAAGUAACAGACAACCAAGUCUGUCAAGUGAUCACAGCCAAGCAAGUAAAAAGUUGGCCCAUAAAAGAGAAGCUAACUGCAAGCAAGCUAAGCAUCAAGUAUGCAAUGCUUCACAAGAUAGGAGCAGCUAAUUGGGUUCCAACAAAUUACAAGUCCGCUAUCUCAACUGUGCUUGGUAGCUUUUUGUAUGCUGUAGGAACAAAGGCAAAGUUUGAUUAUGGAGCAUAUAUUUUUGACCAAACCAUAAAGCAUGCUGGAAGCUUCAGUAUUAAGGGUCCAAUUACCUUUCCAUCCUUCUUGUGUGGUAUAAUUCUGGAGCAGUAUUCAAACAUUCUCAAUGAACAUGAUGUAGUGUGCAAAAGAGAAAGUCCCUUGGCCUUCCAUUACAAACUGUUUCAGGGUAAGCAUGUUCCAGACAUUGUCAUGACAUCAGCUGAAACUUCCAAAUCUGGAACAUCAGUCAGCAAAGCAGAAGUCAUAACAAUGCUAAAAGAGACUUGCAAAGAAUUGGAAUCAAGAAAAAUAUCUCUUGAAAAAAUGAUACGUACUCUGGAAAUGGAUGAGAAUGAGGAGUUUGCAGAUACUGAAGAGAUGGAAGACAAAGAUAAACAAGAAGGGGAAGAAGAAAAUGUUAGUCCGGCUGAUGCCUCUGAGAAAGAAAGUUCUUCAGACACCUCAAGUGGGUCUGAAUCUGGGCAGUAA